AUGGCUGAUAUGGAAUUGCGUGCUUUCGAAGCACGUCUGGAUACAAUGAUGGAUCAAUUGAGUGAAGAAUCCACCGAACUAAUCAUUGAGCGACCACGGUAUGCUCAUGCGGUUAUGGUAUUUGCUACUGGUGAUGAGCCAGGCGAAUUACUCACUGCUUCCCGAAUAAAGAUGUUGGAUCCGAUAUGUGUUCCUAUCGAAAUGACAAGAGAUGACCAUCAAAAUUUUCAUCAUUAUCCUGAGAAGAAGAAUGUUACUUUAGUAGCGAAAUCAACGAAUGAUUUGAAUAACUAUGAUGGGAGGGAAGAUUUUGAUUUGACUACUGCUGUGGGAAUUUACAACGACGAUGACAUUCAGAAAGCUCUAAGAAAACUGGAAGAAUCUCGAAGUAUGCUUGAUGAACCGAUUAUGCCACCGUCUACCAAUAUACUUCUGUCAAAUGGUUCUGAAUUUGAUUAUGCUAAUUACAGUGGCACAGAAAAAUUCAAAAAUGUCCCAAGUAAUUAG